GGUGGUAUAAAACGUGGUUUUAGGCAGACCUUUUUUUUAUGUUUUAGCUACUUCUGUAAAAGACUCUACUAGUGUUUAUAAGGAACGAUGAACCCCACAAAUGCUGCCAUGUGUUGUCUUGGCGUUCUCUAUACGUCUCUAAUCCUGUGGGUGCCAACAUCACUAACCCUCGAACUUGAAGACAACACUUUAGAGCUAAAAUCUUAUUUUCCGUCGCCGGACGAGUUUUUGGACGAUCUCAUCAACGAAUAUGGUAGCGAUGGUACUCUGUCAGUGAAACAGUUACAGCAUUUAUUAGGGAAAUUCACUGAACGUGGCAGCGUGGGGUCUCGUAACCUUGGUCAAGUUGCGGGUGAUGUUGUUGAACGAAAUCACGCAUUUGCGUCGCCAUCUUUCGAACAUCCUCGACAAACAGAACUCGGUCACGACACGGUUAACGACCGUGAUCAAGGCGGCAAUGACCUGUCCCGGGGCUUACAUAAUAAGGGAGGCGUUAUGGAAUCAACUCAGAAGGAAUCGCGGUGCUACACAUCAGAAGAGAUUCUACAGAUUCAUAACAUGGACAGUGACAUUGACAUUGAUCGGCACAAAAUGGUUGAAAUGUGCCCAGUUAUACUACAGCAAAUAAGUAAAGGAUGUGAUGCUGAUGACGAUGUUGCUGAUCAAGAUGAUGGUGAUGAUGAUGAAACCUUGGAGUUUGAACACUUUUGGUUACACCGGGUACUCAGAAAUGUUGGUAAUGAAACAGACGAUAGUGAUGAUUCCCCGACCACUGCUGAAGUGUGGGGAUAUAGCUUCUUGUUUGUCACUUUGAUUAACCUAUGUUCAUUGGUUGGUGUAACCAUUGUACCAUUUAUGAAAAAGAAAGUUUACCAAACCAUUUUGAUGUUCUUGAUAUGUUUAGCUGUGGGUACAUUAUCCGGUAGUGCAUUGCUGCAUCUAUUGCCCGAGGCUCAUGGAAUGCUUGUAGUGGAACCUGGUUAUGUUUGGAUAAACACUACAGUACUUGGUGGAAUCUAUCUAUUUUUCUUGACAGAAAAAAUCAUGAAAAUAUACAUCAACAGGAGGAAGAGAUUGGCUAAAGCUGAAGCAAAAGAAACUGGAAGUAUUGAACUUAAGUCUGCUGAUUUAUGUUCUUUGAUGGCAAAGCCGGGACAUUCUGACCAUCGAAUAUUGGACCCAGUGGAAGAAGCAGCAAAUAACAUUGAUAAAGACAAGUGUAUUGAUAUUAGUAAUGGUACUAGCAAGCAUACUACAGAUUCUGAAAUGGGGAACAACAUCACAGUUGCUAUAAGCAACGGCAAUGUCUUCCAGACUUUCCAGAAUGAGGAAAACGGCCUUUCAGAAAGUGAGAAUACACCGUUGGGACAUAAACAUUGUGCCCAUACUGAUAUGGCUUUGAAGGAGACUCCUACUAUAGCAACUGUUGCAUGGAUGGUAAUAUUUGGAGACGGGUUACAUAAUUUUAUUGAUGGACUCACUAUUGGUGCUGCGUUUUCUGUAUCAGUUAUGAAUGGUAUCAGUGUAUGCAUUGCUGUCGUAUGUGAAGAGUUUCCACAUGAGUUAGGUGACUUUGCAAUUCUGCUGAAUGCUGGUAUGAGCGUAAAGAAAGCGCUGACGUACAAUUUCCUGUCUGCCUGUAUGUGUUAUCUUGGUUUGGUAUGUGGUAUAUUACUCACUAAUCACACAGAUGCUGCUGUGUACAUCUUUGCUAUAGCAGCUGGAAUGUUCCUCUAUAUCUCUCUGGUAGAUAUGUUGCCGGAGAUCAAUUCAGUGGAGGAAGACGAGGAGAAUAUUUCUGACAGUAAACAAGCCAAGAUAUUUGUUAUUCAAAAUUGUGGUCUUCUUCUUGGCUGGGCAACCAUGAUAAUACUUGCUUUGGUUGAAGCAAAUAUACAAAUAGGUUAAUGGUUAUAUCAUAACUAUUUUGAACAACAUAUGGAAAUGAAACGCAUUUUCUUCCAUAACAUUACAUCUCACCUUGGUGCCUUUCAACUUUAAAUUGCAAAUACAGAUACCAUAUUUGCUCUAUU